AACAAGCCUGCGGCAGCCGAGGUGUAAGUCUCUUGCGGUGAAUAUCGGCAGCACAAGCAAAGUUGCGUCAGCUGAUGGAAAGCCUCUUGGUCAUGAUGGAAGUAGUUUUGCGCUGUCAUCGCUUGACGCCGUAAAAUCUGGCGCCAAGAACACUUUGCGACAUCAAGUGUCUGACUCAGGUGCUAGCUCACCAUCGACCAUACUCGUCGGAACGUCCCCCAGUACCAGUAGUGGUAGCAGUUCUUGUGUCAAGAAAGCGGCCUCAGCCUUACCCAAUGCUGGUUGUAGAAGUGGGGAGCUUCAUGCACAUCGAAGGUUUCACAGCGUCCCGAAAGGAUUUAAAAAAUCGUCUGUCGAGGCGGCGGAAAACGUGACCCCCGAAAACAUCCCGGUGUCAACGCCCUCCCAUCUGGUAUUUGGUUCCAAAGAUACUCGUGAGGAGGAAAACAAGAGAAAUAUGAGCAGCUCUUUGCAUAAGAGCGUCGGUGCCGAAACGACUAGCACGGUUCCCUCAACACCGCG